UACUACAAGAUACUUUUUAAGAAAGAGAAGGAAAGAAAACGAAAGGAAAAUCCAAACGGAAGUUGGAAACUUUUGCUGAAACCUAGAUGAAUUCAUUCAUUCUUUUCUGAGCAUAUUGUACAGCGAUCUCGCAUUUCAAUCUUUCAGAUAGAGAGAGAGAGAGAGAGAGGAUGAGCAGCACUCAGGGUUCACACUCCCUGGCCUUCAGGGUGAUGAGGCUAUGCAGACCCUCCUUCCACGUGGACCCUCCCCUCCGCCUGGACCCCGCCGAUCUCAUCGUUGGCGAGGACAUCUUCGACGACCCGAUCGCCGCCUCCGAGCUCCCUCGCCUUUUCGACAGCCACGUCUCCAAGCCCACCGACUCCUCAGAUCUCAGCUAUCGCUCCAGAUUCCUCCUCCACGACCCCUCCGACCCCAUGGGCCUCUCCGGCCUCCUCGUCCUUCCCCAGGCCUUUGGGGCGAUUUAUUUGGGAGAGACUUUCUGUAGCUAUAUUAGCAUCAACAACAGCUCCAAUUUUGAAGUUAAGGACGUUGUAAUCAAGGCAGAAAUUCAAACAGAGAGACAGAGGAUCUUGCUUCUGGAUACAUCAAAAUCACCCGUUGAAUCCAUUCGUGCUGGAGGGCGUUAUGAUUUCAUCGUGGAACACGAUGUCAAGGAACUUGGAGCUCACACGUUGGUCUGCACUGCAUUGUACAAUGACGGUGACGGAGAGCGGAAAUAUCUUCCGCAGUUUUUCAAGUUUAUCGUUGCCAAUCCACUUUCAGUUAGGACAAAGGUUCGUGUUGUUAAGGAAACUACAUUUCUGGAAGCUUGCAUUGAAAAUCAUACAAAAUCAAACCUUCUUAUGGACCAAGUUGACUUUGAGCCUGCUCCACAUUGGACUGCAACAAUAUUAAAAGCGGAUGGGCACCAUUCAGACAGCAAUUCUCAGACUAGACACACAUUUAAGCAACCUGUCCUUAUCAGAUCUGGAGGAGGAAUUCACAACUAUCUUUAUCAGUUGAAAUUGUCAUCGCGUGGUUCUGCAGAAAUGAAAGUUGAGGGUAGUAAUAUUCUUGGUAAGCUUCAGAUUACGUGGCGUACAAAUCUGGGUGAACCUGGUCGCCUGCAGACACAGCAAAUUCUGGGCACUCCCAUCACACGCAGUGAUAUUGAGUUGCAUGUUGCAGAGGUUCCAUCUGUUAUCAACUUGGAAAGACCCUUUACGCUACAUUUGAAACUCACAAACCAGACAGAGAGAGAAUUGGGACCCUUUGAAGUUUUGUUGUCGCAAAAUGGCUUGCACGAGGAGAAGGUCGUUAGGAUUAACGGUCUCCAAACUACGGCUUUACCCCAGGUUGCAGCAUUUAGUUACGCAGACUUCCACCUGAACCUCAUUGCUACUAAACUAGGAGUUCAGAGAAUCACAGGCAUUACAGUGUUUGACACAAGAGAGAAGAGAUCUUAUGACCCUUUGCCAGACUUGGAGAUUUUCGUGGAUUUGGACUAAUAGAUUGGCUAAUUUUCGCCUGCUGGGGUUGAUUUUGUUCUUAUACUUUUGGAGGGAUCAGUCUGUCUGUGACAGAUGAUAUCAUAAGUUUUAUCAUCAAUGGACUUUAAUUAGAUCGAGCAGAUGAAUACAAGAUAGACACCCAAAUUCUCCCGCUUUAUGACUGUUGAGACCCACCCUUCUGAGGCUAGGACGAUUUGCUGCAGUGCUUUCAAACAAAUCUUUCCAUUCUCACAGCAAUGACAGAAUCUGUUUAUCAAAGUGUUAUGACUCCAUUACUUUGAGAUCAAACACACAGCUGUAUGAUCGCUUUUACAUGUUAAAUCUGCUCUCGCUCUCUAGUUGUGAAGAAUCAAAUGACUUUGUUAUGUCGACUUUUUCUUUUUUUUUUUUUGACAAGUACUUUGUUAUGUCGACUCAUGAAGCUAAAAGACUAGCAAAUGAGCUUUUCUCACUAUACAAGGAACUGUUACUAGCUGUUUUUA